AUGUUUAAGACUGCAGCCCUCCUGCUCUCCGCCUUACUGUGCGGACCUUUGAAUGGUGUGAGCUCCGAAUGUAAGGUGGAGGACCCCGUGAGCCAGUGCGGUGGAUUCUGCUUCAGAUCGCUGUGGCCCAUACUGGACCACGUGGCCUAUCACCAGGGAUCGGGAGUGAAUCUCACGGACUCCAAUCAACGAGGCCCGCAAGUGCAGCUGGACAACAUUGACAGGCAUCUGGCUGCCCAGCAACAGGUCAUAUCCAAGCUGGCAUCAUACAAAAGCAAAACAAAGAAGGGCAUCCCCAAGAACUUUGAGCUGGUCGGUACCGGAUCUUACUAUAUUGAACGAAACAACAAGCGGAAUUGGUUCGCCGCUGAAGACUUCUGUCGUCGAAUGGGAGGUCACCUGGCGAGUAUUGGCAGCGAUGUGGAGAUGGCCGCCCUCAACGCUAAGCUGCCAUCCUCAACGGAUUUCUGGAUAGAUAUUAACGAUCUCGCAAGUAAGGACGAGUUUAUGUCCUUGACAUCUGGCAAGCGACCCAGGUUUAUGAGUUGGGCGAAGGAUCAACCAAGUCGUGGCAACGACGAACGUUGUGUUCUUCUGGACAAAAAGAUGUGGGAUAGAGAAUGUACUCAGAAAUUGUUAUUCAUUUGCCAGGCAGGCGAUGGAAUUGAGUAA